CCUGUCUGUGUCCGGUCCAGAGCAUAUUUUACUGUUCUGGAUGUUAGCUGCAUGAGAGAAGGUAGAUAAUUUUUUUUGGGAGGGUGUUUCUGCUACUAGUUUUGAUCCAUCAUGUCGAGAAUGCUAAUCUCGGACAAGUGAUCAGCAAGGUCAAUGCUAUCUCGGAAAUCUAGAGGAAAGCGCAGAACCAGACCCCGAUAAGAGAAAAGAAAAGGAUGCAUGGAGGGAGUGACCUGUCAGGCCGAAGCUUGCAGCGGAUGGGUCCGAUGAGCAAAAGAGCGCAAGCGAGGAAGAUACUUUUGCGGUCAACCUUGGGAUUUUCCCGCAUUGACCGGCGGUGCUGGGCUGGUUGGGAUCCAUGGAUGUGGGUUGGAAUCACCGUGCGUUUUGUCGGGAUUGCUGGGCUGUCAGGGAGGGUUUUAGCUAGGGAUUUAAAGUGUCGGGGUGAGCGAGGGAGUGGAAGAGAGUGAUGAUGAUGGUCAUCGGUUCUGAGAAGUGUGGAGAGAGAUUGAAGGGGAAAAGAAAUCAAAAAAAAAGGAGAGCGCGAAAGUGUGAGAGAGAUAGCACAUCUUACGCUCACUGGAGGUGUGGAGGGAACUGUGCAGAGGAUCGAUCGGAGCAGCACCAGAGUUGACUAGAGCAGUAGUGCGAAUGUUAGUCGCAGAACUAGAGACGGAUCUAAGUUCAGUCAGGAUGGAUUAGUUUUUUGACAGGCACGAAUUAAUCGCUUUGGCUCUUUCAAUGGUUGGGG